AUGUCUGUCUCCGGCUACAAUAGUGGAAAACGUGACGAGGAGAAGGAUGAAGAAGAGGACUAUUUGGAUAUUGGAAGUUUAUCAGGUGAAUAUUUGAAGACUGCCCUUCCAAGACUGCAAAAGCUAUUCAAGAACUUGUCUCGGUUAUUCGUGUACAAGGAUGAGAUGGAGGCGGAAAUUGGGAUGGAAAUUGGGGUUCCAACAGAUGUAAAGCAUGUUACUCACAUAGGGUUGGAUGGUUGUGCAACUUCAUUCUUCUCGGAGCGGAGCUGGGAAAACAUCUCCGCACCAGAGUUGAUCGAUAUGAAACAACUUGAGCUUGCCAUGUCAGCACAAGAUGAAACACCCAAUGUGAAAUGUAGUUUCCAUGAUGCAACAAAAAAUAGUGGAAAGCUAGAUAACCAGUGA